GGAAGCUGGAAUCCUCCGGGACUGGAGGGAGGAAGCUGGAAUCCUCCGGGACGGGCGGGAGGGAAGGAAGCGGGAAUCCCCCGGAACAGGUCGCGGCGAGAGGCAGGUGCGCGCAGCCGGGGCUCCCGCGGGCAGCGCCGUGCCGGGAGAAGCCCGUCCCGGUGGGAAGGCGUUUCCUGCAGCCCCUGAAGGCCCCGUGGUGAGGGAUGGCCUGUUCUGCUGGGAUAAGGAGAAGAGCAGGCAGGGUGUCGUGUGUUCAUUAUUUCCGGAAAUGAGGACCGGCUUUCAGCAGUGAAGCAUCCUGCAAAAAAAGAGAGGAUUAUUUGGAGUGGCCUGAAUAUUUUAUGGCAGUAGCUUUUCUGUCAGCACAAAGAAGCAAGGAUCCAAGCUCUCAGGUUGGUGCCUGCAUUGUAAAUUCAGAAAACAAGAUUGUUGGAAUUGGCUACAAUGGGAUGCCUAAUGGUUGCAGUGAUGAUGUACUACCCUGGACAAGAACAGCAGCAAAUAGACUAGACACAAAAUACCCUUAUGUGUGCCAUGCCGAAUUGAAUGCCAUCAUGAACAAAAACUCAGCUGAUGUGAAAGGCUGCAGCAUGUAUGUUGCCUUAUUUCCGUGUAAUGAAUGUGCAAAGCUCAUCAUCCAGGCAGGCAUAAAGGAAGUUAUUUUCAUGUCUGACAAGUAUCAUGACACUACAGAAAUGACAGCUGCACGGCGGAUGUUUGAUUUGGCAGGUGUAAUAUACAGGGAAUUCAAGCCAAAGUGUAACAAGAUCAUCAUUGACUUUGAUUCAAUUAACAGCAGACCAAGUCAAAAGCUUCUGUGAAUUAUAUCUCAUUAAGACUUUAGAAGACUGUGAUUAUCUUUUUCUAAAAAGCUGCUAAUGCCUUUCAUCUUGAAGUUACUUGCAACUUUGUAAUGGUUUUUGUAACUAAAGUAGAAUUAUAAGAAACCCAAGGCGUAAAAAUGUCCCUCUCACUUAAUCUUGUCUUGUGGAAUCUAAAUCUACUUAAAAAUUUUUUAUGCCUUUACCAAAACAGCUUAAAAAGUGGAGGCACUAGAUGAAACAAUAUAAGUCAAGAAAACUGUUCUGAUUCUUCCUGUAUUCAUCACCACAUGCUCUGAUGGGCUGUCAGCAUAGAUUUAGCCUCAGUUUAACAGCAGUAUUUUUAGCCAGUAGUGGAAUAUGCUAAUAGAUGUUGAUCUCCUUGUUGGUAUGUGGAUCUUAACAGUUGAUCCUAAUAAGGAACAAAAAUAUGUUAUCCAUGCAAAUGCUAAUCUUCCAACUAGCAUAACACUAAUAUUUAAAAGGUUUUACAGCUUUAGGAAUGUGUGGCAUUCUGCUUGUUACCUAAAAAAUGAAAUGCUGAUUUUUCUUUUAAUUGCUAUCUGACAUUGCCAUACUUGGGGAGGGUUGAGAGGAAGCUGUUUUGAGAAUUGUUCAUGCCUGAGUGAGCUUUACAGGUGCUUUCCAAUCCUUGUUUUCCCCAAGACUCCAGAAUUGAAGGGGCUUGAGGGAGUAAAUAAUUUGGCGCUUUACCUCUGGGACUGUUCAUGUGUAAAAGAAAAUAAUUUUAUUGGUCUAAGCUGUUCCUAGAUAAUCCAACAUAGCUCGGUGUUAAACUCCACCUGUAAGGUAACUGAAUAAUUUUCUGUCGUGUGAGAGAAGCUGGAGAUAUUCAACCCAUAUCCAUGGCAAAAGAUGUGCUUAGUGUUAGCUUGUUUCCCAGUGCUGACAAAGUACCUCCAUUUUCAUAAAUGUUGCCUAAAAUAAUAUCCUUUUUAAUUUUAUCUUGAGAUCUGGGAAUAGAUUAGAGUUCCUUUUCUCUAAUUUGAUUUUUAAAAAUUAAAUAUGCCUAAUGGCUUUGUUUAGAUAACAUUGGUGGUUGCUUGUUUUGUUGUUUUUGUUUUGGUUUUUUUUUUUAAUGUGGUUAUACUUCAAUGAGCUUUUAUUUUCUCUACCAAAGCUUUGUUUCAUAUUUUGGGACAUUAUGUAAUUUGGCUUCAUACCAGUAUUAUUAAAGUCUUAUUAAAAUCCA